AUGCCUUCGGGUUUGGAGAAAGCACUGGAACACACCGGUGGCCAUGGCCGAACCGCUGAAGGUGUCUCAAUAAAGACUUUUCUGGCCUCGCUAGGAACCGCCAUCAUCGUCUUCGUCGUCGAAUUUUUCUUCUUCCUAAUACUCAAGAACAAACUAAGUCGCAUAUAUCAACCCAGGACAUAUUUGGUGCCUGAUAGAGAACGGACAAGUCCAUCACCGCCGGGCCUUUUCCGUUGGGUUGGUCCAGUGUUUCGUACCUCGAGCGCGGAGUUUAUCCAAAAAUGUGGGCUAGAUGCCUACUUCUUUCUGCGCUACCUGCGCAUGCUACUCAAAAUCUUCGUCCCCCUUGGACUUCUGAUCUUACCGGUUUUACUCCCACUCAACCGUGUUGGUGGCAAGGGCCAGAACUAUGAAAGUGGUGACUCAGGAAAGAGGUAUAGCGUUACUGGUCUGGACCAGUUGGCAUGGGGUAACGUAGCCCCUGCGCACGCCCAUCGGUACUGGGCUCAUUUGGUGAUGGCCGUGACUACCAUUAUCUAUGUUUGUGCUGUCUUUUUCAGUGAACUUCGCCACUACAUCCGCCUGCGACAGGCCUACUUGACAUCUCCCCAGCACCGACUCCGGGCCUCCGCCACCACCGUGCUAGUCACGUCUAUCCCGCCUGAUUGGCUAAGCGUGGAUGCCCUUGAUAAACUUUUCGAUGUCUUCCCUGGAGGUGUGCGAAACAUCUGGCUUAACCGCAACUUCGACGAUUUGAAUGAGAAGGUCAAAGCACGAAAUGAUCUUGCUCUCAAACUUGAGAGUGCCGAGACCGAGUUGAUCUCCAAAUGCAAAAAGGCGCAGCUCAAAAAGGCCAAGGCCGAGGCAAAGAAGGCUGGAAAAAGCAAAUCAGGUGCAGAAAAAGAAGAGCAGCUGGCGGCUGACAAAAGGGCCUCUCAAUUGGCUAUGGGUCCUGGUGUCAGCUCUGGUAAUCCUCAUGACGCCCACACGGUACGAGAAUUGUUCCACCCACAAGCGACUCGAGAGAAACGGUCGGAGGAGGGAGCUCGACGAGUAUUUGACCCUGCCUUCGCAGCCGCUGGCGCGGUUGGCUCAGGUGUGGGUAAGUUGGGAAAAACAGUACUUGGAAGCUUCAAGAAAGUCGAGCACGGUCUUGAGGGGCCUUUGACUCAAACCCGAGGCUUUGUUGCCACGACUGAUAGCGUACUCCCACCGCGUGCAAACACCCCUCCGGCUCAGGAGCAAACCGUCUCCGAUAACACCCUCCCAUCGCGCGCAAGCACUCCUCCAGCCCAAGACCACCACGCCUCCUCUGAAAACAAGCCUGUUACAAAGACCGGCAAGCCUUCUGGACUGCGUCAGUUGGGACAGAGCCCUACACAGAGCUCAGCUCAGGAGAAUGAAAUUUGGGGUGAGAACAUGUGCCGUGACCCAAAGGUUCCGCCCAAGCCACCAUUCUGGAGACGUCUGUCGUCUCAUCCGAAAUUGCAGGGUGUGUCCGAACCGGACGAAUUCCCACUAACUGCACCUGAAACCCCUGUGACCGAUGCGCCUCCGCCUGGGCCCAUUGAACACGAUGAGCACGAGAAGGGCAAACCUGGCCGAAAGGAGAGGGAUAAAAUGGAAAAGGAAGAAUACCCGGCCGCCUACAACGAAGAUUUCGAUAAUGAGGACUACGGGGAGCCACUGUGGAAAAAGUACAUCCCUGCCAAGGAGCGUGACACCAUGCGGCUACCCAUAUUUGGUUGGAGUUGGAUGCCUUCAAUUUGGCUCCUCGGUAAAAAGGUUGAUACCAUUGACUAUUGCCGAAAAGAAGUUGCUCGUCUGAACUUGGAGAUCGAAAUCGAUCAACAGCACCCUGAACGAUUUCCGUUGAUGAAUUCGGCCUUCAUUCAGUUCAAUCAUCAAGUCGCAGCCCACAUGGCAUGUCAAUCUGUCAGCCACCAUCUCCCCAAGCAAAUGGCACCCCGAGUUGUGGAAAUCUCUCCUGAUGAUGUCAUUUGGGAUAACAUGUCUAUCAAAUGGUGGGAACGCUAUCUGCGUUCCUUCGGCAUCAUAACACUUGUCUGUGCAAUGGUCGUGGGAUGGGCGUUCCCCGUCGCGUUUACUGGACUGCUAUCGCAGCUGGCAUAUCUGGAGGGUGCAUUCCCAUGGCUGGCUUGGAUUGGCAAGCUCCCAGACUGGUUUGUUUCGGCAGUUCAGGGUAUUCUUCCCGCUCUGUGUCUUGCUAUUCUGAUGGCACUUCUCCCUCUCAUUCUUCGCUUCCUGAGUCGCACCCAGGGCCUUUUCACUGGCAUGUCCAUUGAACUCACUGUUCAAAACUAUUACUUUGCCUUCCUUUUUGUGCAGCUGUUCUUGGUCGUCACCAUCGCCUCCAGUUUCUCUACAAUUUUCGAUAACGUUGCCGACGUGACUAGCUGGCCGCAACUCCUCGCCGUGAACAUCCCGAAAUCCAGUAACUACUUCUUUUCUUACAUGAUUCUGCAAGCCAUGUCCGUGAGUGCUGGUGCUCUUGUACAGAUCUUUGGCUUGGUGAGCUGGUUCAUUCUUGCUCCAAUCGUGGACUCUACUGCCCGGAAGAAGUGGGCUCGAACAACGAACCUCAAUCAGAUGCAAUGGGGCACAUUCUUUCCGGUUUACACUACCCUCGCCUCUAUUGGCCUGAUUUACUCUGUGAUUGCACCAUUGAUUUUGAUUUUCAACGUCAUCACUUUCGGUCUGUUCUGGUUCGUUUAUCGCUACAAUACACUCUAUGUCACCAAAUUCCGGUUUGACACCGGUGGCCUCCUUUUCCCCCGAGCCAUCAAUCAGCUAUUCACCGGAGUUUACGUUAUGGAGGUCUGCCUGAUUGGUUUGUUCUUCUUGGUUCGAGACGAGAACAACGAUGUUGCCUGCAAAGGGCAGGCCAUCUGCAUGAUCGUCGUUCUGAUCUUGACUGCCGGUUAUCAGAUCCUUCUCAAUGAAGCUUUCAGUCCAUUGAUUCGGUAUUUGCCUAUCACUCUGGAAGAUGAAGCUAUUCGACGUGACGAUGAGUUCCGUCGUGCCCAGCUCGCUCGCCUCGGCCUUCCCAAUGAUGAUGAUGACGAAGAUGAUGUUGAGCACAGUUUUGCUGAGCGCGAACGCCAAGAACGCCUUCAGGCUCGAGGGACAGGAGACAUCGAACUCAAAUCCCUGGAGACCAAUAUGCCAGACCAAAAACGACACAAUUCGGAUCACUUGUCAACGCCAAAGCUCGGAGGCAAACGUCCAUCAUGGGCUUCUAAUUCCUCAAAUCGGAGAUCGAAAUAUUUCAAUGCCAACUCACCUGCCGCCACGCCAGCGCCACGCGUCCUGCGGCAAAGUAUGGUCCAAGACGCCGAGGCCCAAGGUGCAGGUCCCAACGCAGUCGGCCAGGCCCUAUUUGCUGGUAUCCACGACGAGUUGGAGGAUCUCACGCCCGAUGAGCGUGACCAAUUGGUGCAGCGUGCCUUUCUGCACGAGGCCCUUCGUGCCAAGCGACCAGUCAUUUGGAUCCCGCGUGAUGACCUGGGUGUGAGUGAUGAUGAAGUCUACCGCACACAACAAUUCAGUAAACAUGUCUGGAUCAGCAAUGAGUAUCAAGCGCUAGACGGCAAAGGUCGGACAAUCUUCAGUCGCAGUCCACCGGAUUUCUCAGAGGUGGAUUUGAUUCAACUUUGA